AGUUACUCGUGAAAAUAAACUCUCGUUAUAAUUCUAGGUUACAAAGUAAUUUUAGGUGAAACACGUAAGUUUAUCACGACGACUUUUGAUCGUCAUUCUCAAUUUAUUCCUUUGAAAUAUUGCUACGAGUGAAUAGAAUAUUGAGAUAUCGGAGGCGUUGCCGUUAGAAAUCUCUCUCUUUCAAACUGUGAUCAUUUUUAGUUGUGUCAAUAGUGAUCUCGACCACGUGUUCAGUGUUCAGUGUUCAGCGAAUAGUGCUUCUAACAAUUUUUCAUCAAGAAUUGUAUUAUAUCAACCAUUCAAUUCAAAAUGUCAUUAAAUCAGAACAAUGCUUAUUACUCGCGUCUACAGAAAUUCAAAAAUCAUCUGAAAAGUAUAAGAAAAGCAAGCACUAGACGCGAAGAAUUUUGCCGGAUAUUAAACGGUUGGUCUGCAUGGCACAGAACUCACAAUUUGAUGGGUAGAGUUUUGAUACAGUUAAUGAAUGACAAAAGCCUAUUUCCGAGUGUUAAAGAUAAACAUUUUUUUCUCAAAUUUUCUGUACAAUUCAAGCAUUUGAAAGCUACACAACUACUCAAAGCAAGCAAAUUGGAAAUAAGUGAGGUUAGGUUCAAAGAUGGAAGGUGUGCUCUACAUUAUUUAGCAGACGAAUAUGGGUCGACAAAGAGAAAUUCUAAUGGAGUAUUUACCUUAAGAUUAAUGAAAUAUUUGUUGAAAAAUCCACGGCAAAACUAUGUCGAUGGUCAGGGUUACACAUAUCUACACGGAGCUUGCUCGACCGGCGAUAUUGAAACGGUGAAACAAUUAAUAUGUAAAGGUGUAGACGUCAAUCUUGACACGUAUAAGUUCUCACCACUUUUUAUUGCUGCGCAGUGGAGGCAUGAGAAUGUUGUUGAAGUAUUACUAGAACACGGGGCCAAUCCGAAUUAUCAAAAUUUAGAUCAGUCAACACCAUUGCACGCGCUUGCAUCGCUUCGUGUAUGCGAUUGCGUCAGCAGUUAUUGCUUCUGCGACAGGAGACGUCCAGUUGAUAAGAUCGUUAACAUGCUCAUUAAUAAGGGAGCAAACAUCGAAGCACGCAAUUGCCACGGAGAUACUCCCUUGCAAUCAGCGUUGUUAGUCUUCGAUUCGGAUUUGCUCCGGACACUCCUGGAACACGGUGCAAAUGUGAAUAAUCUGAACGAGGAUAGGAUGUUCCGUAUGGAUUUUACACCAUUCGAAUUGAAAAACUAUCCUGUCACAUUGAACAUAAUCGAGGCGAUGAAAUCGCUGCAGUCAGCUGGCUACAGCAUGAACCUUCACACUGCGCUUAGGCUGAUGAAGUAUUGGAUCAGAGUUCGAGGAAACGACAUUGAUUAUUUCAUCUUAUGUUUUGAUGAGGAAUUUGACGAACGAGAUCUGAGUAUCUUACAUGAAUACAAGAUAUUAUUAUUCAUUCAUACCAAGUAUGGCUUGUACCUUAAACAAGAAGCUUUAGAUUACUUGCACCAACAAAUCGAGAAAUUCAGUCUGAGAGUUGCGCCAUAUGACGAUGAAGAAUUCGAACCUGACUCGUACUUCAAAAAAAUAUAUAAGAGAGAGAUUACGUAUAUAAAAAGCAUCAUGGUAACCGAACACAUCUCGCUCUAUCAACUUUGCCAAAUGAGCUACAGUAAAGGUUACUCGAUAUUAAAAAAUAUAAAAAAUUGGCGUGUCCCACCAAUGAAUGAAAUAUCGUGCGGAGGUUAUGUAAUAAACCGCUUUGUAAAAAGACACAUUGCCAAUAUUUUAAUAAGGUCACAGUUGGAAUUACUUGCAGCCGAUUUUUUCAUGAGUGAUGAUUACAGUUUAAAUCUACCGUACGUGGUUUGUCGUAAAAUUGCUGAAUAUAUGAGUGACAAUGAUUUAUUUCGUUUGUGCGAGCAGACGAACUUGAUUAAUCUAGAAGUAGACACUGCCAUCGCAAUCCGAUCAUGAGAUCAAACUGAGCAUUGAAGGCUUAAUUUCAAAACAUUUUUUGUACAUCUAUA